AUGACAAUAGUGAAUAGAGGUUAUGUUGCUGUACUUUUUUUUGGUAAAUGAAUUGUUUAUUUGUAAUGCAGUGAUAUAAAAUUGUUAAGCACCGAUUCUUUGUUACUCAUCAAAACUAGGAGGUGAAUAAUACACACGGGAAGUUAUGCUGUUUAGGUGAUAAAAAAAUCAUGUCUUUCCUAAGAGGAUCAGCCAACUACGUCUGGUGCACUACGAGUGUGCUAGGAAAAGGUGCCACAGGUGCCGUGUAUCAAGGUGUUAAUAAAAGUAACGGCGAACCCGUUGCCGUGAAAACGUUUAAUCAGCUCAGCCACAUGAGACCUCAAGAUGUGCAAAUGCGUGAAUUUGAGGUGCUCAAAAAGGUCAAACAUGAAAACAUCGUUAAAUUAUUGGCAAUUGAAGAAGAGCAGGAGGGUCGAGGUAAAGUUAUUGUGAUGGAGUUAUGUACCGGCGGCAGUCUGUUUAAUAUUCUUGACGAUCCUGAGAACACGUACGGUCUCGAGGAGAAAGAGUUUUUACUAGUGUUAGAGCAUUUAACCGCAGGCAUGAAACAUUUACGUGACAACAACCUGGUGCAUCGCGACUUGAAACCUGGCAACAUCAUGAAGUUUAUAAACGAUGACGGCACCACUGUGUACAAGCUUACCGAUUUUGGAGCUGCAAGGGAACUGCAAGAAGGACAACAGUUUGUCUCACUUUACGGCACGGAAGAGUACCUACAUCCAGACAUGUAUGAGAGGGCGGUGUUACGUAAACCUGUAGGGAAAACGUUUGGUGCUACCGUCGAUUUGUGGUCUAUCGGUGUUACCUUGUACCAUGUCGCUACAGGAAAUCUACCGUUUCGCCCUUACGGCGGUAGGCGAAAUAAACAAACCAUGUUUCACAUAACAACUAAGAAGGCGAGCGGUGUGAUUUCGGGUAUACAAACGAAGGAAGACGGACCGAUCGAGUGGGGACGGGAAUUACCAACAAAUUGCCAACUGUCCACCGGGUUAAAAAAAAUCGUCACCCCUCUUUUAGCCGGUUUACUAGAAGCAGAUCCGGCUCGAAUUUGGAGUUUUGAGAAAUUCUUUAGCGAAGUGACAAGUCUUCUCAUGCGUAAACCCGUCAAUAUAUUUUACAUUAAUUCCGCUACAAAUAUUAAAGUUUUCAUCCACCCUGAUGAGACGUACGAACAACUCCAAGGGUAUAUUUUGGAACAGACGAAUAUUGCACCAAACCAUCAAAUUUUGCUCUUUAAACAAGAUCUGUUUGUUGACGUUGUCGGAUUAAACACCCGCAGCGGUGGCUACCCCACCACAACUGAAGAAGACCCGUUAAUUGUAUUCAAUGAAGAAAAUAACAAUAUCGUCCCGUUACCCGACUUGGAACUGCCCAAAUUUCCAGAGUUUCCCACAUUAGUGUCGGUGGAAAAUGACGCUUCCCAAGCCAAGCUAGCUUGCAGCAUAGGCCACAUUUGCAAGCGACGAGUAGAAAAGCUAUCCCGUAGUAGUAACUUAAUUCAUAAGGCUGCAAAAUACUUCAUGCGCUUCAUCACUUUCGAACUGAAGAAUCUUCACACAAAAUGCCAACACUGCAUCGACCUAACUGUUGGCCACAAAGAAACCUCAAGCUCUCUCAAAAUGUCACAGUCGAUAGUAACCGCUCUACAAAGCUCGCUAUUGGGUAGUAAAUUAGUUAUAACGGACUACGUAGAGGAAUUAAGCGACAUUAGUGACUCAUUCACCUUGGUCACAGACCCGAAAGUUCAGCAACUGCAUCAAAAAAACGUAGUAGAAGACGCUCUGAAAUUAGAGUGGGACUCAUCUAGUCGACUAAUCAAGUGCCCAUUCCAAAUACUCGCCUCGUCCCGCGCGCGUAUUCUAAUCGACCGACUUCGAGAUUCCUGGCAGCAUUUAAUGCGCGACCGUGCGACGAGAUCGCUCAGUUACAACGACGAGCAAUUCCACAUUCUAGAACGUAUUAAGAUCACGGAGACGAGCCGGCGAAUUAAGGAGCUAUUAGAAUCGGAAUGCGUCCCUUCUUUUAGUCAAUUAGCCGAGAAUCUCGGCGAUUGGUACAAAAUUGCCCAAACCGUUUAUUUACAAAUGACAAUUUUGAGUAAGGACGUAAUAAGCUACGAGCAGAAGUUGGAGAAGUUUCGCGAGAACCUCUCCAUCGAGUGCGUACAGUAUUACGAGGAGAUCAAAUUGCUGUUGGGAAAGAUCGAGAGCGGAAUUCAGUUUCCUAAAAGUACUAAUCAGCUGCAGGGGCGGAAGUUGAAGAGUAGUUUUCAAGAGGCGAACAAGCUGCUGCAAGAUAUCUCUCAGGCGUUACAGGAGAAUACGUCGUUGAUUGACCAGUAUGAAUUGUCGUUAACAAAACUGCAAGAUAUGUCAAAGGAAGCAACCGUUUGACGGUUUCAUUUAGAGUAUUAUUUGAAAGAUUAUGUGCAAUAGUUUUAAAUCGUAUUCGUAUUUAUACUAAUUAAAUCUCUGUAGGUUGUCAAACUGUGAGACGUAUUGUUUAAGAAUGUGAUAGCAAAGAUAAUUAUAUUUUUAUUACUUGAUUGUGAAUUUUAAAAGUACAUAUUAAAGUAGGUAUGUGUUUGUAA